UCAGUAUCUUCCCGCCUUCGCAAAGCUUUUUCCUCCUCUUCUCUUUGAUCGCGAUGCCGGAGGGAAGCUCCGAUUGCAUGUCCACUUCUCCUCCUCCUUCCCCCACGAUCUUCUACACCUGCCCUUCGAAUGAAUUGGAUUGGUCGGAUGGAGAUGAUUCGGACGGUUCUGCUGUUGAAGACGAGGAGUCGUUGGAGGAUGAACAUGGUGCGAGGAACAUCCCUGCUGCCGGCGCUUUAGAACCAUGCCGCCCUGUUUCUCUCGUGCGGAGGUUCAAACGAAGAAUCAACUCAUGGAGGAAGUUGCGGGUGUUGGGAAAGGGUUCGUUCGGAGAUGUCUAUGAUGUCAUCACUGACGAUGGAUCCUACUUCGCUGUAAAGGAGAUUUCUUUGUCAGAUCAUACCAAUCAUAGGUUAGUGCAGCUUGAGCAGGACAUUUCUCUUUUAAGUCAGUUGGAACAUGAGAACAUAGUUCAAUAUAUCGGCACAGACAAGGAUAAUGAGAAGCUUUACGUAUUCCUUGAGGUCAUGAUCAAAGGCUCAGUUGCAACUCUUUAUCGCAAACAUGGCUUGAUAGAACCCCAAGUCUCUUCUUACACCAGCCAAAUUUUAAAUGGUUUAAAGUAUCUUCAUGACGAGAAGGUGAUACACAGGGAUAUCAAAUGUGCUAACAUACUGGUUGAUGCAAGUGGAGCUGUGAAACUUGCAGACUUUGGAUGGGCAAAGGCCACCGAAAUGAAUGCUGCUAAAUCCUUUAAAGGAACUCUUUUGUGGAUGGCGCCUGAGGUCUUCGAAAGUGUAAACAACAGAAGCUAUGGGUUGGCAGCUGAUAUUUGGAGCCUUGGGUGCACUGUUUUAGAGAUGUUAACAUGGGGGGGGGGUCAAUAUUCUGGCUUUAAACUGGUAUUUAAUUAA